AUGUCUAUUAAACAAAAGAAGGAUGAAAAAUUACCAAAAUUGAGUGAAAAAGAAAAGAAGAAAGAAGCUUUGUCUAGCUCAGAAUCUGAUUCAAGCUCAAGUUCUAGUUCUAGUUCUAGUUCUAGCUCUAGCUCUAGCUCUAGCUCCAGCUCCAGCUCCAGCUCCAGUUCUUCUUCAUCAGAUUCUGAAGACGAAAAAACUAAAAAGGUUACAAAGAAGACUGGAUCUGAUAGCUCCUCAUCUUCUUCUUCUGAUUCUGACACCGAUUCAAGUUCUAGCUCCAGUUCCAGUUCCAGUUCCAGUUCCAGUUCUGAUUCUUCAUCAUCAUCUUCUUCUUCUUCUUCUGAUUCAGACUCAGAAUCUAGUUCAAGUUCUAGUUCCAGUUCCAGUUCCAGUUCCGAAUCUAGUUCUAGUUCUAGUUCUAGUGAAUCUGAUUCUGAUUCCGAUUCAAGCGAUUCAAGCAAUUCAAGCAAUUCAAGCUCUAGUUCUAGUUCAAGCGAUUCCGAUUCAAGCGCUAGCUCCAGUGACUCCAGUUCUAGUUCCAGUUCUAGUUCCAGUUCAAGUGAUUCUGAUUCAAGCGAUUCUGAUUCAAGCGAUUCAAGUUCUAGUUCCAGUUCCAGUUCUAGUUCAAGUGAUUCUGAAUCUGACUCUAGCUCGAGUGAUUCAAGCUCUAGCUCAAGCUCAAGCGAUUCUGAAGCUGAAUCUGAAGCUGAAAAAGAAAAUGAGCCUGUUUCUAAAAAGAGAUCCAGAGAUGAAAUUGAAGAUUCUACACAGGAAAAUGACAAUGACGAAAUUCCAGUGACUAAGAAACAAGAUACUGAAACAAAUGAUGAUGACACAGUAUUAUCAAAUUCAAAUUCAAAUUCAUCAACUAAAUUAAAUAUUUCAGCAGGUACAGAUGAAAUAAAAGAAGGUCAAAGGAAACAUUUCUCAAGAAUUGAAAGGGAAAAAAUUGCAUUUGAAGCAUGGGAAUUAACUGAUAAUACAUAUAAGGGAGCUGCUGGUACAUGGGGUGAAAUGGCUAAUGAAAAAUUAGGUAGAGUAAGAGGUAAAGAUUUUACAAAGAAUAAAAAUAAAAUGAAAAGAGGCUCUUAUAGAGGUGGUUCCAUUACUAUGGCUUCUGGUUCAUAUAAAUUCCAAGAUUAA